AUGGCAAGGUCAUGGCGCAUGCUCUACUGUAUCUCGUUCUUGGUGAAACUCCCUUUUACAAAACUCAAAAGGGAAAAACCAACUCUAGAAAGACAAAAAGAUGGCUGGACUUCCAUUUCUGCCUGGAUAGAUGCUUCUGAUCCUGGCUGGACUGGAUAUGCUUGUGCUGGACUGAACUAUCAACAAUUUCAACUGUUAUGUUUCAACUGCAAAUCGAUGCCAACGUUUGAGUUUGGCAGAGCUUUAAUCUAUUUCAAGCCCUGGAAGGCUUCUUGA